AUGAAAGAUUAUUUUAAAUUUAGAGAGUUUGCUGGCGCCGCUGGUCUUUGCGCUGCAAAAAAUGGAAAAGACUUUGGAUACGAAGUUACAGUUUUUGAACAAACGAAUAAAAUUGGAGGCACGUGGGUAUACACAGACAAUAUUGGAAAGGACAAAAACGGUUUAGAUGUUCACUCAAGCAGAUAUCAAGGCUUGUUCACAAAUCUACCAAAGGAAAUCAUGGGAUAUCCAACAAUUCCUUUUCCCGAACAAAACAAAUCAUACAUUCCAGCUGAAGAUGUUUUGAAGUAUUACGACUCUUAUGCUCAACAAUUUGAUUUACUAAAGCUUAUAAAGUUUGAACAUCACGUUUUACGAGUUCGACCAAUGCCGGAUGACACGUGGGAAGUUAUUGUCCAUGAUUUGGCCGUGAAAAAGUAUAUAACACUAAAUUUUAAUGUUAUAUUAGUAUGUAAUGGUCACUACGCCGCCCCAAACACACCAAAAAUCAAGGGACAAAAUCUGUUCAAGGGAAGACAAAUGCAUUCUCAUGAUUAUCGAUGUCCUGAGUUCUUCAUGGAUGAAAGUGUUUUAAUUAUUGGAGCAGGUCCAAGUGGAACUGAUUGCACAAUUGACAUAUCAAAAUUCGCGAAGAAUGUGACGUGGUCACAUCAUUUAGAAAAGCCUCCAAAUACACAAUUUAAUGAUAAUGUGGAUCAGAAACCAGAUGUGAAAGAAAUAACCGCACACGAAGUGACGUUUGUUGAUGGAUCAAGUCAAAAAUAUUCUGUCAUCAUCUACGCCACUGGUUACAAAUACACUUUUCCGUUUUUGUCUGCUGAUUGUGGAAUUUCUCGUGAAGAAAAUUAUGUUCAUCCAUUGUUCAAGCAUUGCUUGAAUAUCAAUCAUCCAACAAUGGGAAUCAUUGGACUUCCGAAUUAUGUCUGUCCAAAUCAAAUGUUCGACUUGCAGAUUAGAUUUUGUUUAACCUUCAUGACCGGUCGCAAGACGCUUCCGACAAAAGAAGAAAUGUUUGAAGAUACUGAACGAGAUAGAAAUGAACGCAAGAUUAAAGGUUUGGACAAUAGCAAAGGUCAUUAUAUGGGUGUAGGCAUUCAUGAUCGUUAUUACGAUGACCUUGCAGCUACAGCGGGAAUUGUUCCAAUUAAACCUGUCAUUGUAAAGAUGUUUGCAAAAGGACUUUGCAACACAAAGAAACAAAUGAAGCUUUGUGUAAUUGGAGCUGGAGCUGCAGGGUUGUGCGCUGCAAAACGUGGAGUUGAAUUUGGUUGUGAUGUAAUAGUUUUGGAACAAAGUGAACAAGUCGGUGGAACAUGGGUUUAUACAGACAAUGUGGGAAAGGAUAAGAAUGGCUUAGAUAUCCAUUCCAGUAUGUAUCGUGACGUGAAAACAGACAUUCCCAAGGAAAUUAUGGGAUAUCCUGAUUUCCCUUAUCCUGAACAACAACAGUCAUACAUACCAGCAAAAGAUGUUCUCGAGUAUUUGCAAUCUUACGCCAAGCAUUUUGAUUUAUUCAAAUUUAUUAAGUUCAAUAGUCUUGUUAUUCGUGUUCGACCUUUGUCUGAUGAUUCAUGGGAAGUUAUUGUGAAAGAUUUGCUCACAAAGAGUUUUGAAACAUUAUUUUUUGACGCGGUGUUGGUUUGCAAUGGACAUUAUUUUCUACCGAAUUUUCCAACAUUCCAUGGACAAGAAAAAUUCAAAGGAAGGCAAUUACAUACUCAUGACUAUCGUGUUCCUGAAAUAUUUGAAGGCGAAAAUGUUCUCAUCGUUGGAGCUGGUCCAAGUGGAUUGGAUUGCGUUGUUGCUUUAUCAAUGGUUGCUAAACAUGUUACUUGGUCGCAUCAUUCAGGAAUAUUGACUGGUGUUGAUGUUGGCGAUGCAUUAUGCCAUAAACCAGACAUUAAAGAAAUAAAUGAACAUUGUGUGACUUUCGUUGAUGAUACAACUCGUGAUUUCACAUCAAUUAUUUAUGCAACUGGUUACAAAUACUCUUUUCCAUUUUUAUCUGUCGAUUGUGCUGGAGCUGCAGGCUUGUGCGCUGCAAAACAUGGAGUUGAAUUUGGUUGCGAUGUAACAGUUUUGGAACAAAGUGAACAAGUCGGUGGAACAUGGGUUUAUACAGACAAUGUGGGAAAGGAUAAGAAUGGCUUAGAUAUCCAUUCCAGUAUGUAUCGUGACUUGCAUACAAACGCUCCCAAGGAAAUUAUGGGAUAUCCUGAUUUCCCUUAUCCUGAACAACAACAGUCAUACAUACCAGCAAAAGAUGUUCUCGAGUAUUUGCAAUCUUACGCCAAGCAUUUUGAUUUAUUCAAAUUUAUUAAGUUCAAUAGUCUUGUUAUUCGUGUUCGACCUUUGUCUGAUGAUUCAUGGGAAGUUAUUGUGAAAGAUUUGCUCACAAAGAGUUUUGAAACAUUAUUUUUUGACGCGGUGUUGGUUUGCAAUGGACAUUAUUUUCUACCGAAUUUUCCAACAUUCCAUGGACAAGAAAAAUUCAAAGGAAGGCAAUUACAUACUCAUGACUAUCGUGUUCCUGAAAUAUUUGAAGGCGAAAAUGUUCUCAUCGUUGGAGCUGGUCCAAGUGGAUUGGAUUGCGUUGUUGCUUUAUCAAUGGUUGCUAAACAUGUUACUUGGUCGCAUCAUUCAGGAAUACUGUCGGAUGUUGAUGUUGGCGAUGCAAUAUGCCAUAAACCAGACAUUAAAGAAAUAAAUGAACAUUGUGUGACUUUCGUUGAUGAUACAACUCGUGAUUUCACAUCAAUUAUUUAUGCAACUGGUUACAAAUACUCUUUUCCAUUUUUAUCUGUCGAUUGUGGUAUAGGCUGCGAUAACGGACACGUUUCCCCAUUGUUUAAGCAUUGCAUAAACAUAAAUCAUUCAUCGAUGGGAAUUAUUGGCGUUCCAAAUUUGACUUGUCCAAAUCAACUUUUUGAUUUACAGAUCAGAUUUUUUUUAACAUUUAUGACAGGUCGAAAAGAACUUCCAUCGAAAGCUAAAAUGUUGGAAGACACUGAGCGUGAAAUGUGUGAACGGAAGAAAAAGGGACUCGUGAACAAAAAAGCUCAUUUUUUGGGACCAGAAAUGCAAAAAACUUAUUUUCAUGAUUUGGCAACAAUUGCAGAUCUAGUUCCAAUCCUACCAUGUCAAACAGAAGGUUAUUCGCCUGGAGCUGCAGGCUUGUGCGCUGCAAAACAUGGAGUUGAAUUUGGUUGCGAUGUAACAGUUUUGGAACAAAGUGAACAAGUCGGUGGAACAUGGGUUUAUACAGACAAUGUGGGAAAGGAUAAGAAUGGCUUAGAUAUCCAUUCCAGUAUGUAUCGUGACGUGAAAACAGACAUUCCCAAGGAAAUUAUGGGAUAUCCUGAUUUCCCUUAUCCUGAACAACAACAGUCAUACAUACCAGCAAAAGAUGUUCUCGAGUAUUUGCAAUCUUACGCCAAGCAUUUUGAUUUAUUCAAAUUUAUUAAGUUCAAUAGUCUUGUUAUUCGUGUUCGACCUUUGUCUGAUGAUUCAUGGGAAGUUAUUGUGAAAGAUUUGCUCACAAAGAGUUUUGAAACAUUAUUUUUUGACGCGGUGUUGGUUUGCAAUGGACAUUAUUUUCUACCGAAUUUUCCAACAUUCCAUGGACAAGAAAAAUUCAAAGGAAGGCAAUUACAUACUCAUGACUAUCGUGUUCCUGAAAUAUUUGAAGGCGAAAAUGUUCUCAUCAUUGGGGCUGGUCCAAGUGGAUUGGAUUGCAUUCUUGAAGUAUCGAAGGUUGCCAAGAAUAUUUCUUGGUCGCAUCAUCCAUCAGGAAUACUGUCGGAUGUUGAUGUUGGCGAUGCAAUAUGCCAUAAACCAGACAUUAAAGAAAUAAAUGAACAUUGUGUGACUUUCGUUGAUGAUACAACUCGUGAUUUCACAUCAAUUAUUUAUGCAACUGGUUACAAAUACUCUUUUCCAUUUUUAUCUGUCGAUUGUGGUAUAGGCUGCGAUAACGGAUACGUUUCCCCAUUGUUUAAGCAUUGCUUAAACAUAAAUCAUUCAUCGAUGGGAAUUAUUGGCGUUCCAAGUGCGAUUUGUGCAAAUCAACUUUUUGAUUUACAGAUAAGAUUUUGUUUAACAUUUAUGACAGGUCGAAAAGAACUUCCAUCGAAAAUCAAAAUGUUGGAAGAUACUGAACGUGACAUAGCUAUGCGAAAAACAUACGGACUCGUGAACAAAAAAGCUCAUUUUAUGGGAACAGACCUGCAAAAAAUUUAUUUCGAUGAUUUGGCUACAAUCGCAGAUCUGGUUCCAAUCCUAACAGUUAUAAAUAAAUUAUUUACCAGAGGAAUUCACGAGUUUAUUCAUAAUACUACAAAUUUCAGAAAAGGAAAAUAUAAAAUUGUAGAUGAAGAAAAUUUUAUCAAUUUGUAA